AUGGAAACCAGUUCUGAUCCAACCUAUUUAUUACCAGAUUAUUCAAAAUUAUCGGAUAAUCAAUUUACACAAACAUUAUUAACAUCAACAUCAACUAUUAUAAAUCAAGAUAAUCUUAUUGAAGUAUUGAAUCAGAAAGACAUAUUCAUAUUUAUUCGUCAACUUACACAAUUACUCAAUCGAUUAAAUUAUUCUAAAUUACAACAUGAACAAUGGUCAUACUAUUAUAAUCUUGGCAUGACCGAAGGUAUUUGGAACGGUCGAGUAUCUAAAAAAAUGGCUGAUGCAAAUUCAAUGUGUUAUACUUAUGGUCGAUCCAAACAUUUAAUUAAACAACGUCUUGAUAAACAUAAACUACAAUAUGAAAAAGCUCAACAGGCUCUUGAUGAGCAUAUGAAAAAUACACCAUCCAAUAUCGGUAUGGACAAUAUUAUUAAUAUGAUCCAUAAUUUAAUUGAAAAAGAUCAAUAUCAAUUACGACUUGAACUUGAAAGACGAAAAACAAUGCUUCGACUCGAUGCUGAAGAACAUCGACUUAUUGAAACCUUUUAUGAACUAAAGCCAAGACAAACGGAAAUAAAAUCAGCAAAGAUUAUAUGGAAAGCUAUACAUGAACAACAAAACAUAAUCGAUGAAAUUGCUAUAUUUAAGAAAUGGCUUGAACUUCACACACAAGCAUCAUCAUAUACACUUCAAGAUGUUCAACUACCAAAAAUAAACCAUAUCUUCGUAUCAUUAUCCUUUCAAGGUCCAACAUCAUCUGCCGAACAUAUCGCUGAACAAACCAUAGCUAAAGCCGAACAAAUGGUACAACAUUACAACAAAAUAAUCAA